AUGUUACCUGCCUGUCUAAAAGCGCAGCUGGUGUUAUGCCUGGCAAAAAUGUCACGAGGACGGAGAGACGCCUCAAUGGCCAGCCUUGGCGCAAGUCUGGGCUCUAGGAUGGCUCUACAAUUUGGUAUUAGUAGGUUAUGGAGUAGCACACGACUGCCGCAAACAUCCAAUACGCUCCAGGGUAUUCGAGCGAAUGGCUGUUGUGGCGCAAUAGCAUUGAUAUGUCAAUGA